AUGCUUCUAAGGGAAUUCUUGAUGCUGCGCGUGGCCCCGCAUCAGGCGCGUAUGCGCCCCUUGUGGAGGCUUGGGGACGAAGAGGACAAGGUUCUCCUGAGCUCAGAAGCCUUGCCUAACGGUGAGUUGGCUGCAGCUCUCCGCCUCCUGGUCGGGGAUGACCAGGAGUACCCGCCAAGCGUCUUCAUUCCCUUAUUCCGCCGCACGGAUGGAGCGCAGGUCAUGGCCGCCAGGCCGAGCUUUGACGGGCGUGGACUGGUGCCGUCGGCGCCCACCGAGGCCCAUGUGGCACCGACACCGGUGGAGCUGUCUUCUGAUGACAACGAGGCCAACUCCCGCCAGGAGAAGGGGGAGCCGCCCGUGGUCCCGACGAGGGGCAGGUCGGCCCUGGUCUCCCGAGAUGCUUCCCCGGCUUUGACGCCGCCUGGGGCUGCCUCCGGCCCCUCCGCUGCCCCAGCUUCUGCUCCUGGAGCCUGUGCGCCCGCGCCUCAAGCCCCGAGGCUCUCGGGCUUCAAGCUCAGCAAGCGGAGGGUGGAUUACGCUGUGGUGGACCAGCCACCGCCUGCGGCGAAGAAGAGGAAGGAGGAUGCCGCGGCCCCGCUCGGGACCGAACCUUCUGCAGCAGCCGCACCCCCUUCCGUGGAGAAGGGGAGCGACAUCACUCGCACCUCCUCGAUCCAGUCACCCUCGCGAGGUCUAGAGGAGCAUCCUCAUGGGGAGACAGCCCCCGUGGCCCCGCUGGCUCCGGAGGCGUUGGUGUCCAGCCCGGCUGCCGGGGUCCCCAAGGCUAAGAAGCCCCCGGUCUUCCAGGCUCUGGUGACAACGCCAUGUGCUUCCAGGCCCCUCUGUUUCUCCUGA